UUCCUGGCCCUGACCCUGCCUGCUUGCUAGGAAAGAGGAAGGGCCCAGGUCGUCGGGUGGCCCCAGGUCCCUUCCAGCUGUGCAGCGUGCCGCCCCAGCCGCGCCCUUGCCCUGGCCCCAGCCUGCUCUGCCGUGCCUCGGUUUCCCUUUGGGGCGAUGGCGGAGCACGCCUCCGUGGUCUCCUCGCUGGCGGUUCAUGACUGACUCUGCUAAGCCACCUCCUCAGAGAAAGACCGCCGUCCCGGGGGCUGGGGUCCCGCCCGGCUCCACCACGGAGGUGAGCCCUCGCUUCCUCCGAGCCUGGCACCGCCUGCCCGUCUCGGCCAGGAUGCCCACGGUGAGUGGCCCCAGGCGCGAGCCCCUGCUCGCAGCCCUCCCUGCACUCGCCCCCCGGCCUGGGGUGCGCGAGUCGGCGCGACACCCCGGCGACUACGUGCUGUGCGUGAGCUUCGGCCGCGAGGUCACCCACUACCGCGUGCUGCACCGCGGCGGCCGCCUCACCGUCGACGAGGCCGUGUGCUUCGGCAACCUCAUGGACAUGGUCGAGUAUUACAGCCGGGACAAAGGAGCCAUCUGUACCAAGCUGGUCAAGCCCAGGCGGAAGCAGGGCACCAGGUCUGCGGAGGAGGAGCUGGCCAAGGCUGGUUGGCUACUGAACCUGCAGCAUCUGACCCUGGGUGCGCAGAUUGGAGAGGGGGAAUUUGGAGCCGUCCUGCAGGGCGAGUACCUGGGGCAGAAGGUGGCGGUGAAGAACAUCAAGUGCGACGUGACGGCCCAGGCCUUCCUGGAUGAGACAGCGGUCAUGACGUGAGUGCCGACUGGGACAGGGCCCUGGGCGCCCCUAACGGUCCCCGCGCCUCCGCCCGCACAGGGCAACCUGGUGAAUUUCCUGCGCACCCGGGGCCGCGCCCUCGUGAGCACCAGCCAGCUGCUGCAGUUUUCUCUGCACGUGGCCGAGGGCAUGGAGUACCUGGAGAACAAGAAGCUGGUGCACCGCGACCUGGCCGCCCGCAACAUCCUCAUCUCCGAGGACCUGGUGGCGAAGGUCAGCGACUUCGGCCUGGCCAAAGCCGAGCGGAAGGGGCUGGACUCCAGCCGGCUGCCGGUCAAGUGGACGGCGCCCGAGGCGCUCAAACACGGGAAAUUCUCCAGCAAGUCGGAUGUCUGGAGCUUCGGGGUGCUGCUGUGGGAGGUCUUCUCGUAUGGCCGCGCUCCGUACCCCAAGAUGUCACUGAAGGAGGUGUCGGAGGCCGUGGAGAAGGGGUACCGCAUGGAGCCCCCCGAGGGCUGUCCGGGCCCGGUGCACGCGCUCAUGGGCAGCUGCUGGGAGGCCGAGCCUGCGCGCCGGCCGCCCUUCCGCAAGCUGGUGGCUGCCGCUCUGGUGGAGAGGCGGGGUCGGGAGCUGCGCAGCGCGGGCGCCCCGGGCCCCGUCGCCAGCCAGGAGGCGGACAGUGCCACCUCGCCCCGGAGCCAGGAGCCCUGACGGCGCGGCGGGGCCCAGGGCCCCGGAGGACAGAGAGGCGGAUGGAGAGGGGGGCGCAGCGCGGAGGUGCGUGCCGGGCGAGCAGGGCCCUGCAGGCCGCGCGGGGGCUCGGGCAGCCCGUGGACACCGGAGACCUGGGGAGGCGGAGGGUUGUGGUGGCCCCGAUAAAGCCGAUUCAAGGA